CUAAACCCCCAACAGUACAAUCAGUCUGUAGAUGCAGUAAAGCAUGCUUGUUAUACUCACUGUGGAAGCUAAGGGGUUAAUCCUCUGCAUUGUGUAAAAAUGCUGUUUGAACCUUCUUCUUCUGUCCCCAAUCCAUCUGCUGAUAGAACAGAGCCUUAGGGGCAAGCUGCACAUGAUCAGUUUGGUGUGUAGUGCUAGAGAAUUUGUUUUCCUCUUGGGGAGAGUGCAUGUGAUCAGCACAGGGCCAAUCAGCACUGUCCAGACAGAGGUCAGGGGUUCUGCAUCCUCCAAGAGA